CCCGAGGAAAACUUAACCCACGAUAUAUAGGUCCAUUCAGAAUUAUAGAGAGGAUUGGGGCCGUUGCAUAUCGUCUACAGUUGACUCCUGAGUUAGAGAAGAUACAUAAUGUGUUUCAUGUAUCCAUGCUUAAGAAGUAUGUGCAUGAUCCCUCUCACGUACUAGAGAAGCCACCUGUAGAGGUACGUGAGGAUUUGAACUACGCUGUUCAACCUAUCAAGGUCACCGAUAGAAAGGUGAAGAAGCUGAGGAGCAAAGAAGUCCCAAUGGUUAAAGUCCUGUGGAAGAGCGAUCGGGUCGAGGAAGAGACAUGGGAAACAGAGGCUUUGAUGAGGAAGCAGUAUGCUUUCCUAUUCGAGUAGAGCUGUGAAUUUCGGGGACGAAAUUCCUGUUAAGGGGGGGUGAACUUGUGACACCGCACCCGAACGUCCUUGAAAAUUCGAUUUAAAAAUUCAAAAGUGAUGUAUUGAAUUUCCAAUUUCAAAACAAUGGGAGAAACGAUUAAUAUUUUACGAAGUACAUGAUUGAAUAUUGUAUUGUUCAAACCCGCAUUCUUUUGUAAUUUUCAUCGUGUAAAUUAGGAUGAGUACAAAAAGACAUCUUUGACAAAGAUAAAACAAUAGGACCCAUCUUCCCAUUUUUUGGAAGUAUUGGUAGAUAUUUUGGACCCCAAAUUUAAUGGGAUCAAUUGGGAACCACUCCACAUGGUAUUAGUACCUGCAAAACAAAUAAAAAUGGGUUAGGAGACUUACCUUGGCCGGCCAUUAUGGAGAAGAGCUGCACAUGACUUGAUAAGAAUCAAAGUUGGGGCCACCACUCUUAUUUUCGCACAAAUUGGUGUGCUGUUUGUCUCCUCUCAUUAUAGGAGCUAUCCUCAACCAAAUAACGUGUAUGAGGUGUCCUUGGAUAGCCUUUGAAGUCUAUUAUCUCAAUUGAGUGGUCUUUGUUCGAGGAGAGAAGGCUUAUCUUGCAAAAAUCGAGCUGGAACGAGCAAAGGUCUGUGAACUCGAGCUGUGAGAGUGCUGAGACUGUUUGGUCGAUAUCUCGAGUUUUACAAGUCCAAUUAAGGCGUGUGAGAUACCCACAGAAAGCUCUCAAGACGAGGAAUCCGUGAAGGUCUGGUUUGCAGGAAUCGGAGUUGUGGAAGGCUUCCAAAUCGUCCGAGCAAAACACAACCUCGCAGGAGAGGAUUUAAUCUUCUAAAGAAUCGAGUUAGCCGGAAAACACCCGUUCUAGGGGCUGUUUUCGUAUCAACGAUUAAGGGUUGAACUAGCACUUUGAGGAGGCUGUUUAACACUCAUAUUUGAGCAAGGAAUCAGUCCCAAAUCCACCUUGACCAAAGAUUUGACCAUUGGACCAAGAAGGGAAAGUUUAAAGCUCAAUUGAGGUUGAGGCUAGAGCUUGCUUCCUGUGCUCGUUGAUCGAGUGAUUCCUUGGAGAGAAGACUUGGUUCGUGCUUCCUCCAUUCUGUUUUUAAAUAAUAUUAAACUUGCUCAUGGAUAUUUUGCUUUAGAGCCUGCGUGCUCAUGUUUGCCCUGUGUGGCCCUUUUGUUUUAAACAAUGUUUUCCGCUGCGUAUUCAAUUGUUUAUUAUGUAUGUUUAUGGAUGACUUACGUGUGAAUGAUAUUCAUGACGCCUUGUAUAAUAUGAAUGUGUCGGACUGCGGUUGACUAUUCGUAUUGUACGGCGGGUUGUUGACGUGUCCGGGAAGGUCCGGGGCGUGACAUUGUAUGGUAGUCCUAAAUACACAGAUGUGACAGUAUUGGGACAUUGUGGGUCCCAAUGUUAGAAUAUAUGUUAAAGAUAUUCUAUUCAUUAUGUAUAUAUUUAGUUACCUUGUUUAUAGCCAUUUCAUUUAUUGUAUAUAUUUGUUUCCUUGUUAAUCUCUUUGUAAACGUGUAUUUAAGCACCAUUUUGAUAAUGAGAAAGCACG